AUGCCUCUAUUAAAUACAAAUACUAAUACCUAUACCCACAUCCAUACCCAAUACCUAAUACCAAAUACCCACAUUAUACCUACACCCCAGGAGUUUCAAGGUACACCCUCCCUGAAGUUAUUAGACGAUGGCGACCCGUCUCAAGAAGCAUCCUGCAUCGCCCCCAAAAGCCACCGCGGCUCGCGACUCUGCUGUUGUACUGGCAUUUAUCGUGCUUCGACCUCCUUCUACCCCGACACCCCUCCUGCCAGCGACGCAGGGCCUGGGUCUCCCUUAGCAGACUCGACCAAGGAAGAAAGGACUCCACAACCAGUCAAGCGGAUACAGACGCAAGAGAAGCUUGAGAAAUUCAUUGCAAAUACUGGAGCCGCUCUCAUCCAGCUCGUCAAUAAUCAUUGGGAACGACUUGCCGCUGGCCUGAAGGUGCAAGAGCUUCACGGCGACCCUUUCAGUAGCGACAAGCGGCUACGGCGAGUAUAUCAUUACCACGAGCUCCGGAGGCUGAGAGUGGAGACAGAGCUGCACUGGUUGCGGCGGGCACUAUCGCUAAUCAGGAACCUCCGCGACUUCCAGGAAUAUCUGGAAGAGAACGGCUACCGUCCUUCAGACACCUCCAAUCAUCGGCUUCGUCAUGCCUACCUGUACUACCAAGUAAAGGAUCCUCUUAACAAGCUCGAACUCAUGGCAAAGAUCGAGGCCGUCGGUAGCGCGUCUGGGCAGGAGCUCACUAUCAGGAUCCCGUAUGCUCCUACGACCCACAAUGGUCCCAGGAAACUUGCUCCCGGGACUAUAGGGCUUCCUGGGAAUAGUGAUCCCAUGACACCCCGCUGUCCCGGGAUACUCACUGGUCUCAGGAGCCGGCAAAGUUAA